UAAAAGUGGUUUUUGACACUGAAUGUGGUGACGGUGUGUUUUAAACUGUACAGGCUGAUCAUAAUCUCAAUACCACUCACCUCACAGCAUCACGGAGGAGGCGUGUAAACCGGAGCAAACAGAGGAAAUGGGAGUGAUGAAAACAUGUAAAUGGAAAAUAAGACAGUUCUGCUGCUGGGGUCCAGCUCAGAGUGAAAGAUGGAGAGAUUCUACAGUCGAGCUCCGUCUCUACUGAUACUGUUGAACAGGCUAGCUUGGAUGAAAUCUAUGCUUUUUCCAGCAACAAGUUUGUCUUCACUCUGCCCAAAGGUUUUUGCAAGAAUGACAGAAACCAUGAUGUCCGGCUAAAAGUAGAGGCAAUUCGUGUGACUGACUCGGAGAUGAAGGCAGGUGAGGGAUUCUUUGCCAUAUACCCCAGGACCAACGCCCCCCGCAUUAACCUGUUUGCAGACCCAGAGGAGGAGCUCUACCAGUACAGUGGCAUGAUGGCGCUGCUACGUGUACAGAAUGACUAUCUGGCCAUGCACUGUGGACGCCUGCUCUACUCUGUGGCCUUUCAUGAGGCCAGGCCAGUUGUCAUGCUGAAUGAGAUCAGUGCUUCUAGCUUACCUGUGAUAAAGAAGAAACUGUUUGAUAGAGAGACUGCUUCAUGCUCUCCCUGUGAUGCCACUCUAAGUCUGGGGUCUUUUCAGGAACAGGUCAGCCUGUCUGGACACCUGGAAAAGUUACCAGACACUGAGUGUGCAUCACCAAGGCCAUGGUCGCCAGGGCCCGUUUGGAACUCAGAGCCACAUCCUGAUGCGGAAAUAGACCUCACCAGUGAGAUGCUCCCAUCAUCUCCAAGCAGUGAAUCCCCCGCAGUGCAACCUGAAGACAAGACGCCUGACUCAAAUAGCCUGGCCCUAUUUUCCCAUGAUGACACCCCGUCACAAAGCCACCCGCCCUUCCCGUAUACUCAUGUGUCAGAGUCUCUGCUGAGGAGGGCAAGUGCCUCCCUCUCUUUCUCACCCACUUACGCUCAUGUGUCCCACCCUGGAGACGAAAUCAUCAGCGUCACCGUGCAUGGAGCAACCAGCCUUCCCCUGCUGAGAGAUGGAGGUACCCCACUGCCAUUUGCUAUUCUGUGCAGUGGAGUGGAUGGUAGGCAGAGGAGCCAAGCGGUGACCCAGUGCCCUCUUCAGCCCACUCACAAUCCCUGCUGGGAGGAGACCCUCUCAGUGGAGCUGCUGGAUGUUGAAGCCCACAGGGAGGAUGUGGUUAUAAAUGUAGGACAUGGUCCAUCUAAAGAGUUGCUGGCCCAUUACCGGCUGCCAUCAGCUUCCUUGAAGCCCUUUCAGCACUACCACCUGGAGCUAGUACAGCCCCACAGGGCAGUGCCCACAGGGGUGCGACUGUAUGUUACCAUGGUGCGUAAACUCAGCCACCUCCCCAGGCUCCCCUGCUUCUCCUUCACUGGCUUUGAGGUGCUGCUGUGGUCCAUGGACAGCCCGUUAAAAGAUCCGGUGGGAGCUUUAUUAGCUGUUGCUCGUGUUGUUGCUGAUUAUGACUCAUACAGGGACAGCAUGCUGCUGUGUGAGCCCAGGGCAGCAGGUGUGUGUGUAAUGUCAGUUCCAUUCCCUCGGCCUUCUGAGUCUGCUCUCACUGUCCCGUCCCUCAGUGGUCAGGGGCAGCCUCAGAUUUCUCCACCAGGAUCACCUGAGCAGCAGCCAGUGUGGAAUCACUGCUUCCUCUUCUUGGGUCGGGACUGUGCCACUGCUUUCACACCAGGGGCUGCUUUGGUACUGGAGUACUACUCUAUUGCUACUGUGAUGAAUGCUGUGAGCUGGCAUAUGAAGAGCCCUGUGGCGUUCUCAGCUCUGAGUCUAGAUCAACAGCUGUACAGCAGCCUGAUGUCUGAAUGGGGCCAAAGAGGCCUGAGGCUGCAGGGCCUACAGCUACAGGGCUGCUCAUUCCAGACCAUCUCACACGCUUCAGCCUCCGUCAGCAUUGUGCUACGCCUCAUUGGCUCAGAGCAUCCAGAUUCGAUCCUGAGUCAGGAGGACUGCAGUCAACUGCCUUGUGUGGAAGCACAGCUUCAGGGUCAGCGUUUAUUUCCUGCUGCAGAAGGAGAGAUUGAGGCUCCUCAUUCAGCAGUGGAGCUGGAAUUGGAGCUGGAGAAGACUGACGGUGGUCACAGCCCUCCCCUCUCAGAACACCACACCCUGCAGCAGCCCACUCUCCAGAAGGAUGGCUAUGACCUGCCGUCCUACGAUGCCCUUGCCCAGAUCCUUCCUGAAUACCAGCACCUCCUCAAAAAGCCCAAAGCUCCUCAAGAGAGUAGAGGAGAACCAGGAGAACAGAAGAAGAGCCAGAAGUCAUCACAGCUCAACCAAACAUUUGAAAUCCUUUCUCCACGUGAGGGACUCCCAGUGUCAAAUGUUCAAGACAAUGACCCACAUGUUGCAGAGAUCACCGAACACCAAACAAAAGAGGUGGAGAACUACCGUACUGCUAUGUGUAAGAUGGCCGAGGACAUCCUUGCUCUGCGCUCUCAGAUAGCCAGUCUGGAGGCGGAGAACAGCCAGCUGCGUACUGAGCUGUCCCUGCACCAGGACCUGGGCCGCACCCUGCUGGAUGACACAGACAUCGACGUUAUGACCAAGACUGAGAUCACAGACAGAAUUAUUUCCCUGAAGGUCAAGUUGGCCAGUGAGAGCAGUAAGGCAGCAGAACAGAGGGAAAAGAUCCAGCGGCUUCAGAACGAUCUCAUCAGGAAAAAUGACAGUGAGAAGGAGUUAGUGCGGCUGCAGCAGGCUCACCAACAGCAGCAGGCCGUGCUGCAGCGUUAUCAGGAACGCAUUAGGAAAUUUGCAGGCCUGGAGGCCACAGUACACCAGCAGGAGAAGGUUAUUGAAAGGAUGGAAAAGUUGCUGGACACAAAGCUGAGGGAACGAAAUAAAGAAAACACACAGAGGAAGAAGGCAGUCUUAAAACACAAAGAUGAGGAGGAGAGCAAGAGGAAAGAGAUUGAGUCUGUGAUAGCAGCAGAGAACACUCGCCUCAGAGAGGAGCUGGAAAGACUCCGCCAUCAGCCACCAGCUGUUAUUAUACAACAACCUGCCCAAUUGCAGCAGCCAUUUUCAGACAGUGAGAAGCUGAGACUGUUGGGGCAGUUGGAGAGAGCAGAGGCCUACAUCCACACACUGGAAAAACAGCUGGAGGAGAACGCCAGGCAGUGGGGGAAAGAAAAGCAGGAGAUGUUGAUCAGACUCAGUGAAUAUGACCAUGGAUUCACUCGCACAUCGACCUUGAUCCUGCACGACCGGCCACCGAAAGAUGUUUCCGACCCUGUUUUGAGACACAUACGUCAUAAGCGGCCGGAUCCCCUGAAGUGACUCCAUUCUAUGGCACAGUCAGAUAUUAUUUUUUAAUGAUAAAACAAGAAUUUGUUUUUGAACAGUGAAAUUAGACAAAUUUCCACGUUUGACUUUAGUGACCUUCCAUACUUCUGCUGUAUUUUCAGGGCUUCAUAGAGAGACUGUAGUAAUUUAAGAAAGUAUGUCUUAAUGGUACAAGGACAAAUUAAAACACUUUAUUGAUACCUUCUAGAAGGGGUUUGAAGGUUGCUUUUGGAAUUUGUUUGCCUUUGAUCCAUCUAAAAAAGUCUGAAAAAACUUUAGUCUUCAAGCCACUUCAUUUCAUCCAGUGCCCUGCUGUCUGGAGCUAUGUAAAGGCUUGAUAGUUAACACAAUGGGUUUCUCAGGGAGCAGAAUGAGCUCGAACGUGCUCCUCACUUCCACCUGCCUCUGCUUCUCAAUCUUGAAGUUCUCCAGCAUCUGUAGGAUACAGAGGUUACAGAGGAUUACACAGUUACAUCAGUCAGUCUCACCAGGCAAUUCUGAUCAGUAUCAUAAGCGAUGAUUCCAUUAAAUAUGGAGCAUGGAAAAUUAGACUUAACUAAGGGUGGGCAAAUGACAGUCUUUCGUAGUCACCGUCAUAAAUUAUGGCACAAUAUGCUUUUUCUCUGAGCCUAUCGUAGAUGUCAUCAGUACUUAAAGAAUUCUGGCCAACUGCAUGUUUCCUUUAAAAAGUAGCAUAAUUAAACCUUUUUAGUGCAGUCCAAAUUGUGCAACUUUGAAUAAAAAUCAUUGUAGUCAUGGUUUUUGAUAGCAUUUGAAGCUGUAUAGCAGUGAGAAUGAAGUUAUUGUAAAAUGAAAACUCAGAAUGCCUCAUAUUUCAUGAUCAAAUCUUGAGUUAGAUAACCUGACAAAAAAACUGUAGAUAAAUACAGCAUAUUGUGUAUCAUUUAAUAGCUUUUUGUUGUUCCCAAAAUACAUACUAAA